AUGGUCAACAACUGGGUGGAUGAGGUGCAUAUUGCCAAGUUUUAUGAUGAAGUCUUGCAUCCUGCCAUCAUUCACAUAAUCCCCCAUUCUGCCCCUUCAUAUCCCCCCUACUGCCUACUAGAUGGUAUCCUUUCCCACACUAAGGAUGUGAAAGUGGUUGGUGGAAAACGACUCUUUGCCUCAUCUCUCCUUCAUGACUUGGUCCUCCAGAUGAGGCACUGCCUCCAGAUAAAGGCAGAAAGGCUUAAAUGGGCAUGCAGCUUUUUCUUUGGCUUAGAGAUCAAGGGCAUAAAACUUAGCACCACACAUCCAAUUCCCUUGGAGGAUGCCCAUUCCCAUUCUCCUGAAGAAGAGACAGCAUGGACACAAAUCCUUGGGCUCUUCAACCAUCAAUUAUCGGCAGAGGAGCAGAGAAGCACAUGGGUGGAUGUGAGGCUGGAAAUCCACAGGAGGGAAUUCGUCCUCCACUGGGAUGCAUCCAAGCAUCACAAUGUCCUUCAGGUCCUUGCCCAUGGGUGUCAGGGAGAGGUUGAAAGAGGCAUCCUAUCUUUGGCUGGUGGCCAUUGUGCAUUACCCCAUCAUGCAUGGUUGCCUGUUUAUGCACAGUGGUAUGCUUCUGAGAAGGCAGUGGCCAGAAGGGCAGACAAAUUCCAUCCCAUGCUGGAGAUUAGCAAGAAAAACGUCUUCCUGGAAAAGAACCAAAAGAAACUCCAGCGAGAAUUUGAUAACCUGGAUCAAGUGUGGAGUUUAGCCAACGAGGAGCACACAGAGGGAACAGCCAGAAUGGAGAUUCAUGUGCCACUGGGGAAAGCAAGGAAUGCAUUGAGGGGCAUAAGGGAGUUUAUCGAGGAAUGCACCAUCUCUGUACCUGCUCGACAGUGGUGGUUGUUCAAACUCCUGACUACCUGUGCAUGUCAUCAGCUCAUAGAAGCUCAGCGGAAUGCCACCCCCAAGUCUAGGGUGCAGCCUUAUGCACUGGAGCUCACUGCAGCACUCCUAUGGUGCAUCAACAUGCUCAACAGCAGGCCUGCCACAGGCUCCUCAGAGCAUGCACUCAUGUGUGCUUCCCUCCCAGUGACCGAUAACUUCUUACACCCAGAUGUCCUGGAUGGAUGUGACAGAAACCCUCACAGAGACCAGGCUGAGGGUGAACAAUGUUGCCCAUUUGCACCUGGAAAUGUUCUCUGGUUCAGGGACAUCAGUUAUGGUGGCCCCUCCAAUCAUGGGUGA